AUGAGACUGAGCGUGGCUCCAAAAUUUGCAGGGGAUUAUAUGGCUGGAGUGAAAGAAAAGUUGGAUGGGAUGAUCAUGAGAUACGUACCUCAACUCAGAGGGGUCUUAUUGGCUCAUCAACAACAUGAAAUGAUGGAUGAUACUGUGAAAAUCAUCAACGAAUGUCCUUUUGGUGUUUGCGAGGUAGAGUUUGAAGCCUUAGUCUGGGCACCGAAACUUGGACAAAGGUUGUAUGGUACACAUUCCCUUUCUUCCCCAUCUCACAUAUCUUUAUUAUUCGGUAAAACAUUCAACGUCUCCAUUCCACUCCAACAUAUACCUUUGGAUAGAAUUUACUUUGAACAUACCGAUCCUCUCGAUGAACCGUCAGAUUCUGACUCGGAGGCAGAAUCAGAGACACAGAUCGUCGCUGGAGAAGUCGAGGUGGGACGGUGGAAGGAAAGAGGAACUGGGAAGUUGGUGGGUGAAGGAGGUAAAGGUAUCAAGUUUACUGUUAUUGGAUUACAAGUCACGAAUCAUAUGUUAUCACUCACUGGCUCCCUUCUUUCGGAUCCUUCCAACCCUCCAGCACCUCCCUCUCCCAUUCUCAUCCCUCGUCCACCUUCUCCGACAGAUGAAGACCUCCCUUCACAUCAAAAUGACGAUAUCAUAAUGACCUCACCAACGAAAGAACAAAUUCACAGACUUCCUACGGCGAGAGAAGAAAGACAGAAGGUUGUCCUGCCAGCAUACGACUCUUCUCUCCAGCCUCUCCCGGCUAAUGCGAAGGAUCUUGAGGUGAUAGAUGAGAGAUUUCUGAAUGAGAGGGAGAAGAAGAGAAGACGGAAAGAGGCUGAGAAGGCAAAGCAGGCGAAGAGGAAGGGGAAGAAAGAGGCGAAGGAUAUUGUUGAGGUGCAAGAGGUGGGAGCGGGGAGAAUGGUAGAUCUAACAGGCGUAGGCGUGGAGGGAGGGAAGGUGGAGAAGAAAAGGAAAAGAAAAGGGGAGGGUCAAUGA